AUGGAGGAGAGGCAGAAGGCCUGCCUGGCGGUGGCUGCCUGUGUGAGCACCGUGCUCUGCCUGGUCUCGUCCACAUCUGCCUUCUCGCACGGCGCCGGCCCCUCUGCCUGCACUGACAUGAUGCCCAGGCACCUGCGGGCUCAGCUGCACAGCCCCACCAACAACUACGUUACCGUCCACACCAACGUGUCCUUCUACGUCCCGGGAGACAAAGUCCCAGUGACAGUGAGGAGCAGCCGGGAUUUCAUGGGCUUUUUGCUUCAAGCUCGCAAAGUGUCUAACGAUGAAACUGCUGGCACAUUUGUCUUCAUUCCUCCCGGCUCCAAGCUGCUGUCUUGCUUUGAAGACGGUGAUACUGUCACCCACUCGGACAAGUCCCUGAAGAGAAACCUGUCCUUUGUAUGGAAAGCGCCGGACCAACCCAUUGGAGACAUCAGGUUUUUCAUCUCUGUAGUCCAGUCAUACUUUGUUUACUGGGCAAGGAUCGAAUCGGCCACCGUGGCUCAGCGAGGGCACAACAACACAUCUGCUGGAGGCAGCAGGAAGGCCGGCCCUGCAGCACCUGCACCCACGCAGGAACCUGCAGGCCCCCACGUAGCUGGCACAGCAAGCAAAGCUGCUGGCGAGAUCGGCGAUGGCCAUGAAGAACUCCCUGAUGAGAAGGCACAAACGGGCAUCCUAGGCUCUGGCUCGUCUACUGCCAUCCCCAGCUCUCUCCAGUACACCAGCCCAGCUCCGGUCAGCCUGGCUGGCAUCCAUCCAACACCAGCACAGGGUUCAAGCAUUGCUGUCCACUCAGAUAUGCAGCCCACCACAGAGCCAACGCUGUUGUCCCAAACCUUGAGGGGUGCCUCCAGCAGGAGUGGAGGGAGCAGCCCCACGAGCAACUCAAGGCUGGAGCCAUCGCUUGCCUUCCAAGAGCCAGGCCUGGCUGAUGAUCUGCAAAGCUUCCUCUUCCAGGACUACGCCUCCAGGCAGAGCCUCUCUGGCAGAGCACAAAGUAGUGCCAGCACUACCAACCCACACCUGUGUGUGAUGUGUAAAGAUGAGCAGGCAAGUACUGAGAACGGGGCCGCCCUGGAAACUUCCCUGCCUGCAGCAGCCUCUUGGUCUGCCCUACACUUAAGCGCUCACCUGAGUGAAGCUGCCGUGACAACAGCCUGGUUUGGCAAUGAGGACACCGUCAGCAAUUUGUCAUCGGCCUGGAGGCAAAUGGCAGAAAGCAAACCAUCCCAGUGGCCAGAGGAGGGCGAGGAGGAGGUCAGUGAGGAGGGCAGGUCCUCAACGGAUGUACCAGCUCUGACUAAUGAUUAUUAGCACAUCCCAAGGUUAUGGACUACAAUCAAAUAAUGUGCAGGAGGGAAAAGAGACUCCAGCUUACUGGGCUAAGGACAAAGAUCACAGCUAGUCUCUGAAUCUUCAGAUUGCAAUAUCCAUUACAGAUUGCCACCUUCUAAUGUCAAAGAAUAAUUUGCUGUUCAGAAAAUGUGUUGCUAUUUCAAAGGCAAGUCAAAGAUCAGACUCGCUGUAUAUCAGUGUGCUGAUGUACAUUAGGAAGUGAUGUCCAGGUACCAAGGACAUUACGCUGUUGGUAUAGAGGAAAAGACAGAAGACGUGACUCGCUGAUCUACAUUAUGCAAACACAUGGCCCAAAGUGGAGAAGUAUUUAACCCAGUCAAGUAAAAUGUCACCACUAAUUCCCAGUGCUUAAUGUCGCACAAACACUACAUGUCAGAUAAGUGUGGUCCUCUGUGCUAGCAGCAGACAUGAAGCAGAUCAACCCUCCGUGCUGGAACUUGAUGGGAAGAGUUAAAGCUCCAGUAACCACGAGCAAGAGAAACUCCCCUAUGGGAAUGCAAAGCACAUUUCUCUCACAACCCUGGACAGGUAAGUGGGCAGUGCUGCACGUGGGAACUCUGCCACAACUCUCCAGCUAUCGGCCAAGUGAGGAGCAGGCUUUUUCCUCACAGCCUUUACCUAGAUGCAGUUGGCUGCAAGUCAAAGGUGUCCAGAGCACUAAAGGAACAAAAGACGCUCACAAGUUAAUUUCUAGCCUUUUAUAAACUGUUUUACGAAAGCUUCUUGUUCAUGCCUUCCCAAAUUAGAAAGAAACUAAAAUAAAAUGGUG